AUGCCUCGCUCAAGCUUUUCCGAAAACCCCCUGCUUCGGGUUUCGCGACCGGUGUCUGCCUGCUCAAGAUGUCGGGCCGCAAAGGUCAAGUGCGAUGGGAAGUUGCCCGCUUGUACUGCCUGUGAGAAGGCAGGUCGGGAAAGCGAGUGUUCAAGCGCCAACGACCAAUUUGCAAGGGGCAAAGAGCGCAGUUACGUCGCUGCCCUGGAACUCCGGAUCGAGAAACUGGAGAGACGGUUGGCAUACGCGAGAUCCAGGAAGGCAUCCGUUGCUCAGCAUGAAUCGGAUGUCCCGCCCACUCAGGAGCCGGACCGCAAGGACUCACUAGCAACCAUCAGAGCGGCCAUCCACCGAAAAGCUGAGCGCAAGCGGGAGAAUUCGGAUGUCAACUCCUUAAUGUCCGACUUUGGAUUCCUGUCGAUCAAUGCAACGACGAGGGAUUUUGAGCCGUCCAUGAGCAACAUGACAUUUGCCCGACUGGUUCUAGCAGCUUCAUCUAACAACCCGCUUCCGGAUACACAGACUUGGAACGCACCAUCCCGGCAGGAGGGCUUAACGAUUGUCCAGUUUUAUAUGAGUAAUGUCUACUCACUCUAUCCUGCGUUUUCCGAGACAACCUUCUACGCGCUCCUAGACCAACUUUACAACCAGCAAGACAGAUCCAUCAAGGAUCCCGAGUACUGGCUAGUCUACAUGGUUCUUGCUAUUGGGUCCGCCGCCCAGAGUCAAGUCACCAACGACGCUCAUUACAUGAAUGGGCUGUAUUUUGUCUCAAAGGCCUUGCAAUAUGCUGACAGGGCUUUGAUGCCGGGCUACGUCACGCAAAUACAGUCCCUCAUCCUACUUACACAGUACUCUAUGCUCGACCCAUCUCACUUCGACAGCUGGCACUUGAUAGGCUUCACUUGCCGAGCGGUGGUAGAUCUGGGAUUUCAUCAGGAUCCCCCAGUUGAGCAGAUGCCUGAUAAGGCCCAACUGGACUCGCGGCGCAAGAUCUUUUACUGCGUCUAUUCCCUUGACAGAUCUAUCAGCAUGGUGCAGGCACGUGCGUUCUCGUUUACAGAUGCCUCCACAAACGUCGCUUGGCCUCGACCCCAGUCCUUCAGCCGGCGGGCUUCAAUCACUGGCCAAUUACUCUCUGGCUCCGAGCCCGCAUUUCUUCUUUUCCAACUCCGGUGGGCUCAGUCGCAUUGGUACCAGGCCUUGUUCCAGUCCGAUACGAUGCCGCUACCUGACUCAGACUCGUACAUCUGGCAGAUCUGCCAAGAGAUGCGCCAGUGGGGUGAUGCGUUGCCGACGAGCCUCCCCGUUGCCAUGCGGGAGCUGUUCGACCUGGAACUACGGUAUAGUUAUGUAUACUGUCUCGCGCCUUCAGCUAGGGCCCCAUACAUGUCGAACUACCGCCGACUGCUGAUAUUCGAGCAUGCCCUUGCCUACAUUGAUCGCAUGUACGAGGUCUCUCGGAAUGGAACACCCAAUGCCUUCUAUUCAAGCCACGAUGCCCUCCGCGUCUUUUUUAUGGCCAAUCAGUUUCUUGCCGUCCUUGGCGAGGCCGAAGAUCUGCUCCUAGCCGGUGUCACCAUCGCGCCGCCGCCGACAGAAGCCAGGAAACCUAAGCCUCCCCCUUUGCCUGUACGGACCGACGGCUCCAUUUCGAGUAAUGUCGAGAGGAGUCUAAGCUGCCUCGAGAAGGCGAACGAAACUCUGUCCAAGUAUGGCCAACGCUGGGACGAUUCAUCGUCUCUACAGCAAGCGUUCGAGAUGCACUCCCGUGAUCUCAUCGGCAGGCUUAGGCACAGACAGCAGGUGCAGCAGAGGACGUCGCCUCCGCAGCAAAGCGUGUCGCCGCCCAUGCCCGUGCCGAGGGAGAUGCGAUGGGUCGACGUGGACGUCCAGGCGAUGAUGAGGGGCAACCGAUAA